UUGCCGAGGCCGCCGCCAUAUUCUCGCUAAGGAGAGUGUUCGGGAGGAGGCGGUGUUUUGGGUCGCUAAGGCCGGAACCCCCCGGCCGAGGAGGAGCACCAUGUUGCGACUCCCUACUGUCCGCAAGGCCUUAGCUGGUGUCACUCAGACUACUAAAGGAUGUGUGCGCACCACAGCUACAGCAACCAGCAACUUGAUAGAGAUUUUUGUUGAUGGGCAACCUGUCUUGGUACCACCAGGAACUACAGUACUUCAGGCAUGUGAAAAAGUGGGAAUGCAGAUCCCUCGGUUUUGCUAUCAUGACAGAUUGUCUGUGGCUGGAAAUUGUAGGAUGUGUCUUGUGGAGAUAGAGAAAGCCCCCAAGCCAGUAGCUGCAUGUGCCAUGCCAGUGAUGAAGGGAUGGAACAUUCUGACAAAUUCUGAGAAGUCCAGGAAAGCAAGAGAAGGUGUAAUGGAGUUCUUGUUGGCAAACCAUCCAUUGGAUUGUCCCAUCUGUGACCAGGGAGGGGAAUGUGAUCUUCAGGACCAGUCAAUGAUGUUUGGCAGCGAUAGGAGUAGAUUCCUGGAAGGCAAACGUGCAGUUGAAGACAAGAACAUUGGCCCAUUGGUGAAAACUAUCAUGACCCGGUGCAUACAGUGCACCCGAUGCAUCCGGUUUGCAAGUGAGAUUGCAGGGGUUGAUGAUCUAGGAACUACAGGAAGAGGAAAUGAAAUGCAAGUUGGGACUUACAUUGAAAAAAUGUUCAUGUCCGAGCUAUCGGGCAAUGUGAUUGAUAUUUGCCCAGUAGGUGCCCUUACUUCCAAGCCAUAUGCAUUUACUUCUCGACCCUGGGAGACAAGGCAUACAGAGUCCAUUGAUGUUCUUGAUGCAGUAGGAAGUAACAUUGUGGUGAGCACUCGAACUGGAGAAGUGAUGAGGAUUUUGCCAAGACUACAUGAAGAUAUCAACGAGGAAUGGAUAUCAGAUAAAACAAGAUUUGCUUAUGAUGGUCUGAAACGUCAGCGCCUUAUUGAGCCAAUGAUAAAAAAUGAAGAAGGCCUGUUUACUUAUGUAUCUUGGGAAGAUGCCUUGAGCCGGGUGGCAGGAAUGUUGCAAGUUAGUCAAGGUAAUGAUGUAGCUGCAAUUGCAGGAGGACUGGUGGAUGCAGAAGCACUAGUAUCUCUCAAAGACUUGCUGAACAGAGUUAACUCUGACAACUUGUGCACUGAAGAGGUUUUCCCUACUGCAGGAGCUGGAACAGACCUGCGAUCUAACUACUUACUUAAUACCAAGAUUGCAGGAGUAGAAGAGGCAGAUGUCCUGCUUCUGAUUGGCACCAACCCGCGCUUUGAGGCACCACUGUUCAAUGCCAGAAUUCGCAAGAGCUGGUUACACAAUGAGCUCAAAGUGGCUCUUGUGGGCAGCCAAGUUGACUUGACUUACACAUAUGACCAUUUGGGAGAUUCCCCACAGAUACUUCUAGACAUUGCUUCAGAAAAGCACCCAUUCAGCAAGGUUCUGGCUCAGGCUAAAAAGCCAAUGGUGGUGGUUGGCAGUGCAGCACUUCAGCGCAGUGACGGAGCAGCUAUUCUUUCAGCCAUUUCCAGCGUUGCACAAAACGUUAGGGCAAAAAGUGGAGUCGGUGCCGAAUGGAAAGUCAUGAACAUUCUUCAUAGGGUUGCAAGCCAAGUAGCUGCUCUUGACCUAGGUUACAAACCAGGAGUGGACGCAAUCCGGAAGAAUCCUCCCAAAGUGCUGUAUCUCUUAGGGGCUGAUGCUGGUUGUGUUACCCGUCAGGAUUUGCCUAAAAAUUGCUUUAUCAUCUAUCAGGGGCACCAUGGGGAUGCAGGAGCUCCAAUGGCUGAUGUUAUUCUUCCAGGAGCAGCUUAUACAGAAAAAGCUGCAACUUACGUGAACACUGAAGGCAGAGCUCAGCAAACCAGAGUAGCAGUAACACCACCUGGCAUGGCAAGAGAGGACUGGAGAAUUAUUAGGGCCAUCUCUGAGCUGGCUGGCAUGACCCUCCCUUACGACAAUCUAGACCAAGUGAGGAGCAGAUUAGAAGAAGUGUCUCCUAACUUGGUCCGAUAUGAUGACGUGGAGGAAGCUAACUACCUUAAUCAAGCAAAUGAGCUGUCAAAGGCAUUGAAUCAGAAGCUUCUUGCUGAUCCUCUUGUUCCACCCCAGCUCACAGUUAAAGACUUCUAUAUGACAGAUCCUAUUAGUAGAGCAUCACAAACAAUGGCUAAAUGUGUGAAAGCCGUUACAGAAGGCGCAAAGGCAAUUGAAGAACCUUCCAUCUGCUAAAGAAUGAAAUACUAGUACCAGAGUCCAUCAGGCUCUGUUAAGGAUUGACUGAUCUUUCUUUUUUAAAAAGCGAUUUUGUGGUUUUUUUAGGUUCCCACUUUAUGAAUGCAAGUAAACGUUUAUUUAAGGCCACCUGUUCUAAUGUUCAUUUGGUAAUUAUGUUCAGCGCAAUAUUAUAUGUACUGAUUGUGUACAAACACCAUGUAAAAUUAAAGCAGUUUUACAUAUGCAAGACUA